CGUUGCUAAUGCCAACAAACACCCCGGUUACGAUGGUUUACCGUGUGUGUAGCCAAUGUAUAUCACUCCAUCGCGAACCAAGGGGGUAAGAAUCUUCGACGAUCUUGCGACCCGUCUUCGUAUAUCCUACCGCAUGCGACUCGAAUUUCGAAACAAGAUAACAUACUUGGAUUUAAUUCGUGAAGAGUAGAAUUUGACAUUUUCGUGAAAAAGCGAGGAAUAUUUAGAGGAUUCAUCGAGGCAAAGUUUGAAGAAUCUUAGAAGAAGUCAUGUCCCAGGCGUUGGUAUCGAGACCAUCGUCGCAGGCGGGGUUCCCCCGCCAGCCCGGCUUACCCAACCUCCCCGAGAUCCAACAUCCCUUAGCACGACUAGGUGAUCCGGACAAACUCAACGUCAGGGGUUUAUCAAGUCGAUCUGGUGGACGACCACUGUCUAAUCCACUUGGCGGAAGAGGACCACGACCAGCCGAAGAGGUACCUUUUAGCAGUUUGACCCCUAGAGUAUCCCGGACAGCGUCUGGUGGUCGACCCCUUAGCCAGCUCCAGAGGGGUGAGUUUGGCCCCUCUCACACCAGUCGGUCGCUCCCUAAGAUACCACAUCUAUACUCGAGCAUUCCAGAAGGGGUCGAAGUAUGCCAUUCAGAUGAUCCCAGCAAGACAAGGCUACCAGUAUUUGGGGCAAGAAGCAGCUUGGAAAGCCGCGCAGAAGGGAGAGAUCAGCUGACGUCGCGCCAAUCAAACCGGCCGGGCACUCAAUCCAGGAUUGAAGUGGACGAAAUUGAAAUGAAACUUCGUGAGAAGGUGAAGAAGAACUAUUACGAGUUGAAGAAACUAUUCAUUUCCAACGACCCAGAUGGUCGGGGGAUUGUCAGCCGGGAAGCUCUGGCGAGGAUCGUCGUCACAUUCCUCGGUCGAUUUGUUAGUCUUAAACAAUUCAACCAGCUCAUGCAAAGGAUGAGAUUGGAUGACAAGAAAGCAAUCAAACUGGAGGAAUUCUAUGCAUUCUUCCGCCACGAGACCAGUAAUGAGAUGCCAGCCUGGUUGGAUCCUAUCAACAGACACAAAUCUGAUAAACUCGUGAUGAGCGCUGCUCAGGUCCAUGCUCAACUCAAAGAAAGGGCUAAGCAGAGGUUCCUUGAUAUAGCAGAUAUGAUUCCUCAACUAAACCCUGGUGGAACAGGCCGUAUUCUGAAACCAGAAUUCAGAAAUGCUCUGAAUAAGAUGCUUUUCCACAUGGAUGAUGAUGAAUUUGAAAAGCUUUGGCUCAAAUACGAUUCUGACAAUAUUGGAGUAGUCAAUGGCAGUAAGCUCUUGGGCAAGUUAGGCAUCAAUCUCCGGGCAACCACAGCCCCUGUCAGCGACAUCUACGCUAGGAGCCCCGAUGGUGAACCAACAUCACCGAGGAGAAAGAAGAAAGCAGACACAGCUAGACUUAGAUCAAUCCACGUUGAGAAGUGGAUCAAAGACAAGUUCAGGACCGGCUGUACCAGGAUGAGGAGGGAGUUUGAAGAGUUUGACAAAGACAACAAAGGAGAGGUGGACAAGGAGAAAUUUGGGCAGGUUCUGUCCAAAUUUGGUCUGAAACUGGAGGGUCCGUACCUGGACGAGUUCUUGACGCGUUGUGGUCUUACUGCGAACCGUGCUGGCAUGGUGUCUUACAGAGACUUCCUCAGGCGCUUCCAGGACAGGAGUGAAGGUGGCGUCACCCACAACAUUCUCAAUGACCCUACUCACAAAUACCACCAGGGUGACUGGAUGGAGAACCAAAAGAACGUCAACUCGAUGACAUCAGCGGAGGUUAGGAUGAUGGAGCUCUUCCAAGGAGACUUCAUAGGAUUAUUAGGAAUCUUUCAGAAAUGCGAUAAGUUGUGUUUGAGGGUGAUCAGUCAGCAGGAGUUCCGCUCUGCCAUUGAGAACAAGUUCAGUCUUGGUCUCUCGGACAGGGAGUUUGAGGCUUUCCUCGACAGGGUGCCACUGGACGAGGAGGGGAACGUCAAGUACCAUGACUUCUUAGGACAGUUUGACACCAAGUACGGACCUGCUCCCAGUCUGUUUGAUAGCAAGACAGUAAGAGGAGGCCCAGAGGAUAUGGAUCUCGACGUGGAGGAAGACUUGAGCCAAGAAGAGGAACAACCACAGAGCUUUGAAGACUUCAAGAAAGGAAGGUCCAUGAGACAGAUCUCAAAGAUGAUGAAGCAACUUAUCACUAACCGCAUGGCAGAAGUCGAGGCGGUCUUCUCCGAGAUUGAUGUCAACAACACGAGGAGACUAAGUCAGGAGAUGAUGUAUGAAUUGUUAAAACGGCUAAACGUCAGGCCAGAGGUCACGAGAGGAGAGAUCCGCCGUCUCUGGGAUUCCUUGAUCACCACGCAGAACAGAACACUCCACUUCACAGAGUUUGUCCGCCAUUUUGGAUACUCGCUGAAGAGCGCUGCUUUCCCCAACGCCAAGCUGUCACCGCCGAAGCGUGGCGAUUCCGACUUCCUGAUCAGAUCGAGGAAGCUCAACUGUGCAGCUGACAUGUUGGAGGACAAUCUUAGAUCAAAGGUUGAUUACAUGUGGGACGAUCUGCGUAAGGAGUUCCUGAAUCUUGACACCUACGGGACGGGCUUCGUCAGUAAGGAAGAGUUCCGGGAUCUUCUUCAAGAGCUGUGUGUACACCUUAAUGCCUAUGAGCUGGAUAUGCUGAGCGAGAAAUUUGACACACAAAAAGACAAUAGGGUGUCAUACGUAGAGUUCCUGCGACCUUUCGCUGUUCGGAAAUCCACGCAUCGCUACGGUAACAACAUGAUGGGAUUGAUGUCACAUCCGCAGGCUGAGAUGCCCAUCGAUGCCAUCGUUGAUGAGCCCAACAAGGGCUUGAGUGGAAUUACAGCUAGACUGAGACAAAAGUUGGUUGGCGACUGGCGAAACUUGAGGCGGGCCUUCAAGAGGCUGGACACCGAACGCACAGGGUACCUGACAAUGCCGGAGUUCCGGAACGUCCUCAGACUCGCCAACAUGGUCCUUGAUGAGGAAGAGGUCUACCAGGUCAUGUCGCAGUUUGACGAGAAGAUGGAAGGCAAAAUCAACUACAACAAAUUCAUUUCUGAGACUUUCAAUGCUGAUCCAACCAAACCCUAGGUUGACCCGUUCCCUGUUGGAGUGAAGCAAUUACAGCGUUUCCUGAACUUUGCCAGGAAGUCUGAAAGGAUCCUGUAAUCAAGGUUUAAUCUUGUUGACUGAAGACCUUCUGGAAAGCAUAAGGCCUUGUGCCAAAUAUUCAGUGGCAUACUACUAUGUUCUGAAGAUUCAAGGAUUCUGAAGCAAAGUUUAAUCUUGUUGACUGGAGUACUCUGCCUCUUGCUGAAUAUCCAGUGGCAUAUGCAUUCAGCUUUGGAGGUCCAGGACAGCUAUGAGUGAACUCCUGCAUUGCUGGUCUGGUGGCACUGUUGGAUUUUAGGAGAGUGGUUCUAACAGUCAACUAAGGGACAGGGUAAGUACAGUCGAAUGUCCCCUUGCAUAUGCGGUCUGGGAAUCCAGCUUUGGACAUUGCAGAGAUUUAAGAUUGAGACUCAUGUCGCACUCAUGGCUCUGUCCAAGUUUAUCUGAGAAGGGCCAGAAGGCCAUAGACUUUCUCCUCAUUUCACCUUUGAUGCUUGUCAGAGGAUAUUGCAGUGUCAGUAAAAGAACAGUAUUUUUACCUUUCCUGCAAAAAAAGUACACUGUAAAAGUGGCGUUGAUGUAUGUAUAAUGUUCAUUGCUUUGUUAGUUGUUUUGCUGUCAUUUCAAAAGUGUAUAUGUUAAUAGAUGAUUUGUAUAUUGUGUGUAUACAUGACUCGUAUUUCAUUCGUCAGUAAAAGCUUGUGUUCAUGGUGCUUACAAAAAUGAGUAUAUUUCCUGCUCAACUUUUCAAACAUUUCAUUGAUUAAUACAAAAUAUAAUACAAACACAUUAUAAUUACAUUUACUUUUAAUGUUAUUUAUUUUUCAAAAUUUGACAAUUACAUAUUACAAAAUGUACAAGUUUUAGUAUGUUUUACAGUUAACAUAUGCUAUGAUUGAAGUAAUAACACAAUGCAUUUUAAAACAAUUUUUUUUUGUUUAUUCUCAAGUGAUGUUCAAUUCAAAACCAAAUAUUCAAUAUGUUACUACGGCACCGUAUAAUAAGUUCACUUUGGUUUAAACAUAGAUAUCAAAAACUUUUGAAUAUUCAGGACCCUGUUGCAUGAAACUUUGAAAUCAAUUGCAAGAUUUGAAUGAUUAUUCUGAUUGGUUGAUUGUGGGCAUGUUUGUGAUUGAUCACUACUGUUAUAUAACUGAGCCCCUUAUCGAACCAGAAUGUUGCUGUUUUUUGCACGUUAUACUUUUUAAUAUUUUUUCUUCAUUUUUAUUCUAUUUGGCUGAAAUGUUACUUCUAUUAAACUGUAAAUAUACAUGUACAUACAAAUGUAAAAAGAAGUGUCAUAAUAAGUUAAACUCAUGUAAAUAGUUUUCAUUCACUCUUGUUUUAUCUUUAUUCAACUCACCAUUUUCAAGUUUAAACUGCCCCAGGAGACAUAUUUUGGGUUUUGCAGUGCAAUGAAUGAUGUCAUUAUUGGCAUUUUCUUAUCAUACAUUAGUUAGGAAUUAGGUUUAAUGGUGAAGGGGACCCUGUUUAGCAGAUAUAAACAUUUUAGAAAGCUAUUUCUAUCCAUGUACUUUCUUAUCUAUGUACUAAUAUAUUGUGAUAAAUCUAGUUAAAAGAGAAAUUGUAAUCGUGUUAGAUAAUCAAUUCAUAUGUUGUUCUUCAGUCUCUUAUAUAGAUUGAUCUUGUAUCCUCAUAUAUGUGAUAUUUUGUGAAUUAAAUUUGCAUGGCAAAAUGAAAAAAAAAUAUCCAAAUAAAUACAUGUGCAUUGUGUGCAUUCAUUAGUCUCAUGAAUAAUUGCAUUUCAUUGUUUCCGUUACCAUAUUUUGGUAUACAUGUAGCGUGAUGAUAUACCUCUACAACUCAAAUUUGGUGGGGAUUGGUCCAUGAGGACCUUAUGAAUAUAUAAUAAGCCUCUUUUGAAAUCAAUGUAUUAUUGGCAUGAUUCUAAGGCCCCCAUAGACCAAAUUUGGGUUGUGGAAGUAUUUAAUUAUGCUCUACCGAAAUACGCAAUAAAACUAAAAUACAAAAGAAGUUGGGUUUUUUUUAGACCUCAUCUCUUUGGUACUCUUUACAAUACAGACAAAAAGCUCAAAGGAUGCAUGCUUGCAAAAGCAUGGUAAAUUGUUACCAUAUUCAUAGACACAGACUAACAUGGUAUACAUAAACCAUGUGUUAUUUUCAUUCAUACAUAAAUAAUCAUUUUGAUGAUCAUUUAGUUGGAUUGAAUUUAUGAUUGUUCCUACAACUGUACUUUCUGCUUAGGUCACACUGAUCUCCUAGUGACACCCCCCC